AUGACUCAUUUCAAUAAACUUUCUGCAUUAGAUAGUCUGUUUGAUGAAAAUGACAAUAUUUCAAAUUUUAAAUUAUCACCAUCUACCUCUUUAUUGUCUAAAGAAAAUGUGUCCAUUAAUGAUAAUAAAAAAAUAUAUGGUACAAAUGGUUUAGCAUCAUACGUUAAUAAGAAGAAAAAAUUGUCGUUCUUUAACUUUGAUAAAAAUGAGAAAAAAAGAGUUAAAGAUGAUGUUAUUAGAACUUUCUCGAAAAGAGGCACAGAAACGAAAAAAAAAUGGUUAAAUUUACUUGAACAAACUUCAAUUAGAAAGACAUUAGCAAAUGGGAAUCCAUCUUCAAAGAAAUCAAUCAACAGUCCAUAUAGAACAAAUUCCACAAGAGAUUCAUUUAGAAUUUUCUUUGAUAAUUUUAAAGAUACUUCGACAAGGAGUUCUUUGAACUCAAAGAGUAAACAUACCAAGUCAAUUGAUGAAAACAUUUCAAAGGAUAAUCUUAAGAAUUGGGAUCAUGAUGAUUCCACUGAUCAUAUAUUCAAAGAUGCAGUGGAUUAUAAUCUUCCAGUCGCACCACAGCUAGUAAAUAUUAGAGAUAUCGAACACGGCUUAUUUCACAACGCAACAGUUCAAUCUACGAGUGGUAUUGAUAAUACUGAAACUUCGACAGACAAGAAAGAUCAAUUAACUUUAAAAAACAAUACAAUAAAUAAAAUAUCUGAUAAAAAAGAAGAGUCUUGUGUUAUUAAUAUCAAUGAAACAGAGAGUGGCGAAAUAGAACAAUUUCAAGAUUCCUUGCUUAGAAGUUCUGUGAUAUCUGGCUCACCAUUAAAACGUAAAAUGAUAGAGAUGGAUGCUAGAGAUCCAUAUAAAUUUGUUUUCGAAACUCCAAAUAAAUAUAGUCCAAAUUCUGAUUUUGCUGACAAAGAACAAAUAAUGGAUAAUUUAAAAUCAGUUUGGAGAUUAUUAUCUACAGAGAAUGAUGAAAGAAAUAAUACAUUUAUUUCUACAGUUGAUAUUCAAGAAUUAAGUGAAAUGUUAAUUAAUGUAACAAUAACAAAAUUAGAUUAUCAUGAAAGAAAACUUAAUGAUUUAGAGAAGCAAAUAACAGAGAAAGAAGUUAAACAAAACUUUAAAUUCGUUUCAGAAGAUACAUUUAAUGAAUUAAAAAAAGAAAAUUCGGUGAAAGAGGCAACAAUUGGAAGGUUAGAACUCGAAAAGCAAUUAGAUAAGAAUAAAAUAGAUCAAUUAACAUCAAAUUUACGCAAACUAAAACUACAAGAACAAGCUAAAAAUGAAGCAACAAAUCAUAUAACGGCAACAAGAAAUCAUAAAACAAAAUUAGACGAAGCCAAAAUAAAAGAACUUAAAAAACAUUUAAAAACUUUAUCAUUUUUCAAGGAUAUUUCCAUUCAAUUCAUGAAAAAUUUAUCACAGAGAUCAAAAAAUGUAUUACCAUAUCAAACAAAUAAAACUUUUGAGGAUAAACUUGAACUAUUAAAUUAUAAUAUUUCACUUGAUCAAGAACUAAUAAAUGAUUUUACUAAUGAUAAAGAAUUUGAAAAAUCAAAGACAUUGAUAAGCCAGUUUUUUUCAGAAAAUACAAAUAUACACAUAUCAAAUGUACUUCUCAUUAGGUAUGGCCAAUUAUUUAGAGCAAAUAAAUUUUUAACGCAAGAACUUGCAAAAUUUAGAAACAAGACUCAAUUAAAUUUCCUACCCCAAAGUACAGCUGAGAAUGAUGAUACGCCAGAUCAAAAGAAGUUUAAGACACAAAGGCGAAUUGUCUCUACACUGCAUGAACAAAAUAAUAUUUUCGGGAACCAACAAAUUAUAGCAAGAUACUGA